AGUUUAAAAUUUUGAUCCUCUAAAAUUACCCUUUCAAAAAUUUCUCUGCUCAGUCGGAAUACAAACUGAAAGCCCCUCACAGUUUUGGAUUUGGACCUUGCGAAAAAUCUUCGAACGGCGACGAUGCAAGCCAAAACUUCUCAAUCACAUUCACCCGCCGUCAGGAUGGGUAGCUCUGAGAAGGUGCCAAAUGGCUGCUUGACAACAGCCAGUGCUGGAGAUGAUACGCCAUUCGAUCUUUUACGCGAUUUUUACGAUGGUGUCAUAGCUGGCGGUGCUGCUGGUGUUUUUGUAGAAGCAGCUUUAUACCCUAUUGACACAAUAAAAACUCGAUUACAGGUUGCCCAUGCUGGAGGGCAAAUUAUGUUGAAGGGUCUAUAUUCAGGAUUGGCUGGAAACCUUGCUGGUGUCUUACCGGCCUCUGCCAUAUUUGUUGGUGUUUAUGAACCUACAAAGCAGAAACUUCUGAACGCAUUGCCAGAAAACCUUAGUGCUUUAGCUCAUUUGACUGCAGGUGCCAUUGCAGGUGCUGCUUCUUCUGUUGUACGAGUUCCAACAGAGGUUGUCAAGCAACGGAUGCAAACCGCACAAUUUUCCUCAGCCCCAGAUGCUGUCCGUCUUAUUCUUGCUAAGGAGGGUUUCAAAGGUCUUUACGCGGGGUAUGGAUCAUUCCUACUGCGAGAUUUACCAUUUGAUGCUGUUCAGUUUUGCAUCUACGAGCAGCUUCGAAUAGGAUUUAAACUAGCGGCACGAAGAGAUCUGAAAGACCCUGAGGUUGCUUUAAUUGGUGCUUUUGCUGGUGCAAUAACUGGAGCUAUAACUACUCCUCUUGACGUGAUAAAAACGAGAUUAAUGGUUCAGGGAUCAGGAAACCAGUACCAAGGAAUUUGUGAUUGUGUUGGGACCAUAAUGAGAGAAGAAGGAAGUCGUGCUUUUUGGAAGGGUGUUGGACCACGAGUUUUGUGGAUAGGUGUUGGGGGUUCAAUAUUUUUCGGUGUUCUUGAAAGGACAAAGCAAAUGCUUGAGGGAAGGCGCCCCAGGCAUCACAAGUCUUGACUCUUCCGAGCGGAACUGACUGUAGCAGAUUCCAUACAGAGUAGGGACUGAGUUGAUAAGUAAGUCGCAGUUUGAUGCCAACAUUGGUGCUUGAUGAGGGUCCGCAUAUCAACCAUUCCACCACUAUCAACCAUUCAACUACCACUAUCAAGCUUAUCUACCCUAUCAACCAUUCCACCACCACCAUCACAGUUUUUUAAUCUUCAUUACUUUUUUAUUGUUGUGUUAAGCUUGUUUUUUCAGGAAUAGUUUGGUAUUGUUGCGCUCUUUAAAAAAAUGGACAACUGUAAAAUAAAGUUGUUGAAUGUUUGGUUAACUUUUCUUCU